CAACGUCACGGCGUGACGUCACAGACCAGGAAGAAAAAUAUCUCUACUGCUGUCCUGAACCAAAAAAAAUAACACAGUUUCUUCCCAGAAACAAGUCCCUUUCAGCGCCAGACCUCGACGGACGCCGGCCGCCAUGUCGUACUCCAGAACAGAGAGCCGGUCCUCGCCGGCAGACUUCAGCUCCCUCAUCCAGACAUGCAGCUCCAACAUCCAGAGGAUCACACAGAACACUGCUCAGAUAAAGAACAUUGUGAACCAGCUGGGGACCAGACAAGACUCCUGUGAGCUGCAGGACCGUCUACAGCAGAUCCAGCACUCCACCAACCAGCUGGCCAAAGAGACCAACCGGCAGCUGAAGGCGCUGGGCGGCCUGCCGCCGCCGGCCUCGGCGUCGGAGCAGCGGCAGCAGCGGCUGCAGAGGGACCGGCUCAUGAACGACUUCUCCGCCGCGCUCAACAACUUCCAGGCGGUGCAGCGGCGCGCCGCCGACAAGGAGAAGGAGUCGGUGGCGAGGGCCAGGGCCGGCUCGCGGCUGUCGGCCGAGGACAACGCCUGGGACGAGAAGCUGGUGUCCUUUGAGAAUCAGGAGGACUUUGGUCCCAUCAGCACCCAGACGGAGGAGGCGGCCAUCACAGAGGAGGACCUGGAGCUGAUCCGGGAGCGAGAGACCAACAUACGACAGCUGGAGUCGGACAUCUUGGAUGUGAACCAGAUCUUCAAGGACCUGGCAGUGAUGAUCCACGACCAGGGAGAGAUGAUCGACAGCAUCGAGGCCAACGUGGAGAAUGCGGAGGUGCAUGUGGAGCGAGGAGCGGAGCAGCUGCAGAGAGCCGCCUACUACCAGCAAAAGUCCAGGAAGAAGAUGUGCAUCCUGGCUCUGGUCUGCUCCGUGGCCCUGGUCAUCCUGUCCAUCAUCAUCUAUUUCGCUUCAAAGAACUGAACCCCCCCCCCAUCCUGUCCCCGCUGUCCCCGUCCCCCUCCCCCUCCCGCUCCGUCCCGCCUGCUUCCAGUCUCCAGAGGAGGCGCGGCCCUGUAUCAACCCUGUCCUCGUCUGUCCCCUCCUCUCUCUAACCCUCACUGUACUCACAUGUAAAGACGGGAGAGGACGUCUUCCAGGACGUUGCUCCACGUCUCCUGUCGGCUGUGGCACUUUGCUUCUGGUUUUACAGUAAAUGUUGUAAGAUAAACGUCUAUGAGACCGUUAAUCCACGUAGAGCCGUGUGUAGAUCUGCUGUUCAGGUGGAGAUCGAACCAGUGAAAUGUUUUCAGUUUAUUUCUAUGAUGCUGAUGGUCUGUAUAAUAAAUGUCUCAAACACUC